AUGUGGACCGUCUAUCCCAUGCCAAAGGGCAUCAAUGUGUACAGGACAGUGCUGACGCCCUCCGCGUCCGAUUGCCAGCAAGACCGUGAUCGUGGAAAAGCCGGUUAUUUUCAGAUAUGUACUCUCAAUAACCCCGAUCUUGAAGCCGGCCAUCUCAUCGUUCACAUGUUCUACUAUUAUAUCAGUGCCGAGUGCUCAAUGAACUUCAGCUAUCGGGGUCAUGAUUACUUCGUGGACAACAAACAAUCCCCACCCACGAACUCUUGUGGUUGGAGUGAUGGUGGAUUUCAAGCAUUUGGCUCUUCUUCGACAGAUGCCUGCUACUUCAACAUUGCAAGCCACGAUCCAUCCGAUACUACCGAAGGUCAGGGAUCUGUCGGUACGCUCUCUCAGUCUAACUUGACGCUCGGCGCGACGCUAUCCCAAGGUGGCACACCCACCCCUCUCCGCCGCGGGGCAAUUAUGUGA